AUGUCUUUGAGGGAUUGCCAGUGCGUCGCUGGUCCCGACAGCAGCACACCUUCCUCUCAAGCGCCCAAACCCGAUGACUCGGAAUUUGGCGUUCAAGGCCCAGGCGGAGGACCAACGCUACCAGAGCUCCCCAUGCCAAGAGACAGCCAGCUCUUGCCGCCAAUCAGUCGCGCACUCCUUCGAGCAGCCCGUGCCGGGUGUAUCCAUAUCCGCCAAGGCAGUCGAGCAGCUGAUGACGAGGAUAAAAGCGUGGCAGAUGUGGAAGACCCGGCCUCGACAUCUCAGAUGGCUGAUCGGAGCUUCACAACUCGCAAAUGGAUGACGCUUCCCAAGCACCUCGAGCCUGCGGAAGUGGAGUUCCUGGCAAAGAGGCGACCUGGUCUUUCGUCUCUUUAUGGCGUCAAUGCUGGUACCGACGGAAACCCUGCUACUGGGCCCAUGAGGAGGACGAAAUUCAAGAAAGUUGAUCCUGAAACAGGCAACAUUUCUAUCUACGAGGCGUGGGUGCCCGAGGGUCAUCGCAUCGAAGGAGAGAUCACUGGCGACUUACAGACGAUUGCCGAGCAGAGCCAAGUGCCUGUGAAGCCUGAGGCGCCUGCGCCUGGAACUGUCGUCGAGGGGGUCGGUAUUGUCAAUGCUGAAGGUGUUGUUGUUGCGGAGGCUGGAUCAGCAGCUGUAAUGACACCUCCGAAGCGACGUCCACCUCCACCUAAACGAAAGGGCAGAGGCAUUGGAAAGGGCCGGAAAAAGAAGGUCAUGUUUGCGCCUGGCGAAGGAGCCGAUGCCGCGACAGUACAUGGAGUUGGUCCUGCUCCUGGCAGUGGGGAGGGUGGCGUCAAGAGAGAAGGCCAGCAGGAGUCCAUUGACCAGGCUGGUCAAGAUGAAGACGACGAAGACGGCGACGAAGGCGAAGAGAGCGACGAGGGUGAUGAAUCCAUGAUGGACGCGAAGACUCCUGAAACCCCGCAAGCUCUGUCUGGCACAGAGUUCGUGGAUCAGACUCCAGGCGAAACUCCUGCGGAGCAGUCAGUUGAUGUCGACAUGUCAGAUGCCGUUCCUGAAAACCAGCCUCUUGCCCCCGAAAUUUCUUCAGUGGCCGAAAAGGAGAAGCAAAAUCAGCCUGAGAAGACCUCAGAGGUGGAUUUCGGCGCCCUGGCCUCUAAUGCCCCUUCCGAGAAGGCUGAGGUCACCGAUUCAAACGGGAAGCCUGUGAUUUCGGAGUAUGACAAGACUCCCACUUCUCCCGCCAGAACUGCCGUAACGACAAGUGAACCCACCGAGCUUCCAGCUGCAGCUGGCGAGGCUCAAAGCACAGAUACCAAGGUGCAAGGGGAAGGGAAGACCGUAGAGCCGACGGCUGACCUUGCUCCGAAGGAAGAACCUACUCUCCCAAGCCAGCACGAAAGCUCGACUGCCCCCCUGCCACCUGUCAGCCACGAAACAUCCUCAGAACCCUCGACCCAAUUGCAGAUACAUGAGCAUUCAGAGCCCGAGCAGACUGCAGUAUCAACCGAUACAUUGGCAGAGAACCGGGAACCUCAUCAGAUUGCAAACGAAUCCAUUUCCCAUCCUGACACACAAGAAUACCCCUCGACAGCUAUUGAGCGCGAACAACCAAACCCCUCCGAUGCUCCUAGGCCUAGUCUACACUCAGAAGAAGCAAAAGAUGUCGUGAUGGGAGAUGCCCCGGCACCGGAACAAAGCCAAGGGCUAGAUGCCCAGUCUCUCGCGAACCCAGACUUGCCUCAAGCACCACCAAUCGCAGAGAAUACACAGCCCAAGCCCACUUCAGCGGAGUCCACUACAGCUGCUGCUACAGACGAAAGGACAGAAGCAACAACUGAAAGAAAUGUCCCUGAUCAAAGUGUUGCCGCUGAACCAAAGCUACAAGAAGCUAAGGAAGCCAACGACGAACUCGAGAAGCUCCCAGAUUCGAUCCCACAGGCUGGUCCAUCUGAGUCUACGUGA